GCUGUAAAUUCCUGCCUGGUGUGUCUGGCCUCUUACUGUGAAACUCACCUCUAGCCUCUCCAUGAGUCUCCAGCUUUUAAGAAGCACAAGCUGACUGAUGCCACUGGACAUCUGCAGGACAAGCUCUGUUCCCACCAUGACAAACCCCUGGAGGUCUACUGCCGUACCGACCAGCAGUGUAUCUGUAAUCUCUGUAUGACGUAUGAACACAGAGGCCAUGAUACAAUCUCAGCUGCUGUACAAAGGGAGGAGAUACAGACGCAAGUGGAUGAAACACAGAAGGAAAUUCAGCAGAUAAUCCAGAUGAGAGAGGAGGAGCUACAGGAGCUGAGAGAGGCUGUGGGAUCCAUCACAAGCUCUGCACAGACGGCAGUGGAGGACAGCGAGAGGAUCUUCACCGAGAUGAUCCGCUCCAUUGAGAGAAGACGCUCUGAGGUGACAAAGCUGAUCAGAGAUCAGGAGAAGGCUGCAGUGAGUCAGACUGAAGGACACAUGGAGAGACUGGAGCAGGAGAUUGAUGAACUGAAGAGGAGACACUCUGAGCUGGAGCAGCUUUCACACACAGAGGAUCACAUCCAUUUCCUCCAGAGGUUCCUGUGUCUUCCCGUCCUCCCUGAAGUUGGAUUUGGACCCAAAAUCUCAGUCAAUUCAUGCUUUAUUUUUGGGAAUGUGAGGAAGGUGGUUUCUGAUCUGAAGGACCAACUGGAGAAUGUUUGCAGAACAACAACAGCAGAGAUCAAGGAUGCAGUUACUAAAGACACCAUCCUACCAGUAUUAGUGCCCAGGACCAGAGCAAAAUUCUUACAAUAUUCCUGUCGGGUCACUCUGGACCCCAACACAGCAAACAGACACCUCCAUCUGUCUGAGGGGAACAGAGUGGUGACAUGGAAGAGAGAGACACAGUCAUAUCCUGAUCACCAGGAGAGGUUUGAUUGGCAUGACCAAGUGCUGUGUACAGAGGGUCUGACUGGGCGCUGCUACUGGGAGGUUGAGUGGAACGGGGAUGGGGUCGGUAUAGGCGUCACAUAUAAGGGGAUCACCAGGAAAGGACGGGGUGAUGACAGCGCACUCGGGAACAAUGACAAGUCCUGGUGUUUGAACUGCGAUCCCGAUAGUUACUCAUUCUGGCACAAUAAUAAGUACACUGCAGUAUCUGGCCCCCGUUCCUCCAGGAUAGGGGUGUACCUGGAUCACAAGGCAGGAACUCUGUCCUUCUACAGUGUCUCUGAUGCAACAUCUGGCAAAAUGACCCUCCUGUACAUGGUCCAGACCACGUUCACUAAGCCCCUCUAUCCUGGGUUUGCAUUUAAGUAUUAUAAAUGGUGUGAAUUUUCAGUAAAGCUGAGUGAUAUUUAAUGAAAAUUAGCUAAUCGUCUAAGAUCAGAUUACAGGAAAUUGACUACAAAGAAAUGCAAUUCAUUCAUUUACAGCAAAUAAUCAGUUUUUGUUAAGAAAAUGUUUCAUGAAAUUCAUAUAAAGUAAAAACAGAAAAAACUAUAACACCUUACUUGCGGGGGCACAAAUACUU